GUGGGCGGGGCCUUGUAGUCAGUACAGGUGCCGCAGCAUGAGCAGGGAGCAGGAUCCUCCGGUCAGGUCUAACAUGGACCUGUACCGGGAUCUCAGUGAUUGUAUGGACGCUCUCAAUCUUUUCCUGAACAACCGCUUCGAUGAAAGCCUGGAACUUCUACAACCAAGGGCUAAAGACAGCAUGUACCACAGUCUCGUAUAUGGCACUAUCCUGGAGAUGCAGGCUAUGAUGACAUUCGAACACGAUGACAUCAGCAAUGCCGGGCAGGUGAUGAAGCAGGCACAAGAGCUAUGCCAAAGGUUCAGGAAGAAAACUUCCCUCAUUUAUAAAUCCGGAGCAGAAACCUUUACAGAAGUUGAGGCACAUGCAGAAGUUUGCUUCGCUGAAUGUCUGCUACAAAGGGCGGCUUUGAUCUUCCUCCAGGAUGAGAAUAUGAUACAUUUCAUAAAGGGUGGGAUGAAGGUUCGGAGUAGUUACCUCAUCUACAGAGAUCUGAAUAACUUUGUGCAGUCUAAUGGCUUCAAGAAGGGCGAGUCACACGUUCACCUCCAGGGCGGCGUCUCGCUGGGUAUUGGAGCAUUCAAUUUGACGUUGUCUCUCUUCCCUCCACGGAUUUUGAAGAUUCUGGAAUUUGCCGGCUUCUCUGGAGAUAAGGAUUAUGGUCUUAGUCAGCUCCGUGAAGGUGCCUCAUCGUAUAACCUGCGCUCCUUGCUGUGCACCAUGGUUCUGCUAUGUUACUACACCCUCCUGAGCUUCGUCCUGGGAAUCGGUGAUGAAGAUCUUACAGAAGCAGAUUCCCUUCUUCAGCCCUACCUCAGCCAAUAUCCUAAGAGCGUCAUCUUCCUGUUUUUUGCCGGAAGGAUCGAGGAAAUUAAAGGCAACAUUGAUCAAGCCAUCCACUGGUUUGAGUCUGGUUGUUCAGCCCAGCAGUCCUGGAAGCAGUUCCACCACGUGUGUUACUGGGAGCUGAUGUGGUGCUUUGCCUACAAGGGGAUGUGGAAGGUGGCAUACUUCUAUGCGGAUCUCCUGAGCAAAGAAAGCCGCUGGUCAAAGGCCACGUACGUGUUCAUGAAGGCGGCCUUUCUCAGCAUGCUACCUGCUGACGAGCCCCGGCCUUUCGGAGAGAGUGAGGUGGAGCUGUUCAGGCUUAUGCCCUCCUUAAAACAAAAAAUAGCUGGAAAAUCUCAACCCACUGAAAAGUAUGCCGUCCGGAAGGCGAGGAGAUACCAGGCCAAGGAUCCUGUCAGCUUACCCGUCCCAGCACUGGACAUAAUGUACUUGUGGAAUGGAUUUUCUGUGCUUGGGAAGGACGUCCGGUUGACAGAAGACACCUUGAAUACGCUUUGUGAGGCUGAGAACCGCCUGCUGCAAGCGCCAGCCAACGAGUACCUGGACGACGACCACUGCUCCAUAUUACUCCUAAAAGGUCUGUGCCUGAAGCAUCAGGGGAGGCUGGCACAGGCUGAACAAUGCUUCACCCACAUCUACCAGAGUGAGAAGAAGAUAAAGUACGAUCACCAUUUAGUUCCCAACUCCUUGCUGGAGCUGAGCCUCCUUUAUAUGCAGCAACGCAGAGGAGAAGAUGCCAUCCCACUCCUACGACGUGCCAAAAACAAUUACAAGAGUUACUCCAUGGAAUCACGGACCCUCUUCAGGAUUCACGCUGCGCUCUCAAAGCUUAAAGCCGCAGAAUCGGAGGAGAACAGCACAGAUGGCGCCAGCCCGUUAUGACCGCCAUUGUACCAGCUUUCAUAGAUACCACGGAUACAACUGCAAAAUCAAAGCCAGCCUCCUAAAGGUUGAUCUUCAUAAUACCGCCAUUAGAGUUGAGCGAAUUUCAUGUUAUGAAAUUGGUUCACGCUUCGUUUGGUGGUAA